UACCAAAACGCGGGUUCCUUCCUUCCCCCCAAAAUCACUCUCGCUCGCCCUUUCUUUCCGGCAGCAACCACCUGGUUCAGGGUCCAUGGGGAAACCAUGCGCGGCUCGCCCAGCGGCUUUUAGCACGGGUAAAGACGCCCAAUGAAACCAGCCAGCGUUUAUCUGGGGAAACACUACAGUGAAGGUGGAGGUGCCCGUCAUCAACAAGCCUUGUCCUGUCCACCUUUGGUGCUCACGACAAUUUGCAACGUCGCCUUCCCAUCUCGCAAUUGACCAGGCUGUGCUCUCAUUGUCUGCCCUGAAAUUGAUGAGCGAAUUGUCGCACACUCGCCGUGUCACGCGCGGUGCAUCGAGAGCCACAUCGGGGUCCAGUCUUGCCAGCACUCAUGACCAGACAGAAGCAGCCUGAGAAUCCGACCGUUUCCUGAGUGAGCACGGCUGGGCCAAUUUCUCCCAGCCUCUGCCCCUCGGCUCAACCUUGGUCUCAUCGCGCGGCUCUCUCGGCCCCCUCGGGCGCGACAGUCGCGAUGCCCAAACUACGCUCUCUGUUCCUCAGCGACGAGGAGAUGGGGAAGAAGGACGACGACCACCGCGCCGAGAAGGAUACAGGCGCUGGUCUCGCCGCCUGGGCACCCGCCCGCAUCCAGCCGACGCAGCCCCGGAGGUUUCUCAAGCGCCUGUGCAUCUUGAUCGCCGUGGCUAUCCUGGUCUACGAGUUCAUCGACAACAUGCCCACCGACGUCCCCAUCAGGGACCGUAGACAUCCACAGUACGUGCCCCAGGACUCUGGUCCUAUUCGACCUCCGCCUGCCUCUGCUCCCGCCGUGCCCGACCGUCUCCCGGAUUCUAUGGAUCCCGUCACGCACCGAGGCCCGAAAAAGCCGGCCGCAUCGUCUGAAAAGGCGCCCGUGGCUGCAAGCCAGGAUGCUGCCCAUCCUGUCCGGGACUACAACGGCCCCAUCAAGUUUGAGAAGCUUGCCGAGACGUUGCAUGUUAUCGGGGAGACUCGUGGAGCAUAUCCUCUUAACAAGAAUGUCCUCUUUGCCGCCGCCAACCUUAAAAGCGCGGCAACCUUGCUUCCCAUAGCCUGUCAGAUGGGAUCGGAGCUGCGCAGCUACGUGCAUUUUGCCCUUCUGGCCCGGAGCGAGAUCCCACCUGCUGAAGUGAUGAAGGUCAACGGCAUCGACGAGUCGUGCCACAUCAUAUUUCACGAUGCGCGGCCCAAUUUUGCAUCUCGGUCUAUGGACAAGCGGCUUAGCGAGAGCACUUCUAAGGUAUUCGCCCACAUAUACAACUAUAUGCACCCCCAGGUCGUCAUUAUCGACAACCCUGCAAACGAGGAAGCCUCAUUCCUGAAAGGCCUUCGAAAGCAGUCAGCUACUACCCCAAUGCCUAUCAUUGAGCUUCCCGCCCGAGGUGCGGAGAAGUUGUCUUGGAUGGCAAAGCUCGAUAGCCAGUCUCUGAAGGUCUGGAAUGAUGUCAGCAUCGACAUCAUCAUCCCUGCCGCGCCGGGUGGGGGCAGUCUGACAAGGCUGCUCAAGUCACUGGGAGCUGCAGACUACUUGUCCUCUUCGCCGCCACAUAUCACGGUAGAGCUGUCACAUGAUGUCGAUAUCUCGACUCAGAAGUUCCUCCAGGAUUUCCAGUGGCCUCCUCCCCAUUCAGAGAGCGGAGUGCAUGCGCGCUACCUCUCCAUCAGGCAUAGGAUACCAAGAAAGAAGCUGGACGAGGAAGAGAGCUCGGCACGUUUUCUUGAAUCGUUUUGGCCUGCCAAACCAUCGAGUUCGCACAUUCUCAUCCUUUCUCCGGACACUGAGCUAUCACCGAACUUUUUUGAUUACCUAAGGUACUCUAUUUUGACAUAUCAGUACUCCAUCGCUGCCCAUAUUCAGCAAUGGAACUCUCGUCUCUUUGGUUUCAGUCUUGAGCUCCCCUCCGUCCACCUGGACGGAUCGAGGCCCUUUAGCCUGCCACCGAGGCGUGGCAGUACCGAUGGCCCAUCUCUCUCGGACGCACCGACUUCGUUUCUCUGGGAGGCUCCUAGCAGCAAUGCUGUCCUUAUACUAGGCGACAAGUGGGUCGAGCUCCAUGGAUUCGUAUCCAAGGUUUUAGUCAUCCAGAGUGGCAUGGCUGGAACCCCUCGCCUCCUGGCCGAGAAGCUAGUCAGUAAACGGCAACCUGCAUGGCUGGAACAAGCCCUGCGACUGUGUCGCGCACGUGGCUACCUGACCUUAUAUCCAAGCCGAGAGACUUCUUCGCAACUCGUCACGGUCCACACCGAGACGUAUGUACCACCGGAGGAGUACGCAAACGACGUGCCGAAAGGUACUGGCAGACACGCUGCCGAUUCUAGCGACGGGGUAUCAGCACACUCGAGAGCCCCGCUGUUAGACAUACUGCACGAUGGCGGCGAGCUGCCUCAGUUGUACGAUUUGCCCAUGGUCUCAUGGGAUGGGGCCCCGACCGAAUCUGCGGGUUUGGAUGACAGAGCCGCGAAAUACGCCGCUGAUUUCCGGCGAGAGGUUGGCGGGUGCCUCAACGACCGCUCUGGACUUCCGCAGGAUAGGUCGGCUGCAGACCUCUUCUGCGGGCCGCGAAAGCAGCACCACGUGUGAUUAUCAAGGACGGGCGUGCUUCAAAGGCACUUGCGUUGGCUUCAACCUUUCUUGAUACCCUUUGCCUUGCUGUACUUCUAAUUCCAUAAUUACUUGUUUCCUUGGGGGUACGAGCACGUCCUGGUGGGUAGAAUGCAGGGUCAUGUAUAUCGCACUCAUCAUGGGUGCCAUCGCUACCGGCCAUUUUCGACGAGCCUGUUGAUGACCAACAGCGUCACGCACGUCCCAACUAUCACAAACACAAUCGCUGUCAAGAUCUGUUAUAACAGCGUGGUUAGUUUACGCGGGAGGGACAGAAGGUGGAUACCGUCCGAGACUUGGUUUCAUUCUUUGCCGUUCUUCGUCCGGGAUACAUACCCCUUGAGUUUUCCAGCCGGUUUGGACCAGCGCUGCCCUGCGGCCGUACUUGUUCACGGUCCCUGUGUGUUAAAAAAAAAAACAGGCAUGUCAGUGUCAAAUAGGAGAAAUUAGUCCGACACGGAAUGAUAUCAUCUGUGGUGGCGUGACAUCUGGCAGGGCGGUUGUUAGGUUUGGUGGUGCAC